AUGGUCUUCGGCACAUCUCAGGCUCUCAUCGCGAGCGGGCCGUCAGCAUGCACCUCGGGAACAAUGCGAAAGUUCUUCAUACAGGCACGAACUUUUGAAGUCUGUAGAAGCAUAAUAUUCAACCAGUCCAGCUUCCUGGCAGCACCAGAGUGGAUGAAGGUGACACGAAAUUUAUCGGAAGAGGCAAACAUUCAAAGUCGGGCUUCUGUAGAUGAUAUCCUGAACAUAAUUGUGUUAUGCUCCAGGCUUAGAGCACGUACGGGCCAAUUCAUUAGAACUUACGCCAGCUUCCCCGGAGUUGAGGUCCCAUCCAUCGAUGCGCUAGAACUUGCCACAGAGGGCUUCUAUCUUCGCGAUGCACUUGAUACUUGGAAGCUUGAUGCAUCAUUUUCAUCUGCCCAACACAAUGAGAUGCUUCUCGCAAUGAGUUACUACUCGGCAACAAGCAUAUAUCUCUCUGGAAACUAUGACUACGACCUACAUCACUGGCAAGCAAUGACCGUUGCGGUACCAGUGCUAAGCCGAGAUGAGAUAGUGAAGCAUGUUGAAGACAUCUUGCAGACAACCAGGGAAGCGCUUCGAUCCUCUACUCUAUCGCCGCUUCUGCACCUUUUCCCACUACGAGUAGCAGGGGCAAGGUCCCGAGAACAUUCCCAGCGGCAGGCCGUGACUGAGUGUCUGCUCGAAGUCAAAAAGCAAUUUGCUGUUGCCGAUGCGAUGUUGGUCGAACUCGACGAGUUGUGGUCUUUAAGUCCCAUUCAGACACCCUUAGACAGCUGA